CAAUGAAAGAUACUACCAGACGUAUAUUUGAAAAGGAGAACCAAGCUGAAGUCUCUAAUAAUAUUGACAAAAGAACUAAUUAAAAAUCAUUUACUUAAUUAGUCUCAUUAACUUUGCUAAAUAGAUAACCAAGUAAUAUAUAUUUUCAUUUAUUUUUAUAGAAAUUGAAUUCAAGAGCAUAGAUAUCAAACAAUAGCCUUAAUAAUAAAACUAUUUAACACAAAGAAACCCAAAUGUAUCAAGUCUUCAUUAUCGUCCAGAAGUGAAGUAAAAAACUACUAUUUCUACAACUGAAUAAAUUGUAAGAAAUUAUGUCAUUUAUAGUUUUCCCCAAUCACAGUUAGAUAGACUACUUCUAUUAGUUAAUGUAACCAAGACUAUUUAAAUAAAGAAUAGAAAAAUCCAUAAAAUAAAUUAAUUUAUCUUUAUGGAGAUAAUAUUCUUAUAAAUUAUUAGAAAGAUGAUUCUAUUUAAAAGUUUGAGUUUUUAAAAAAGCAUACUAUAAGUAAUAAUUUAAGAGCUAAAAUGGUUGAUUGGAUGGUUGAAGUGUUAACAUCAUACAAAUGUAAAGAUUAGACCUUUUUUAUGGCUGUAAGAUUGAUGGAUACAUUUCUACAUUUAACAACUAAAUAACAUGUUCCAUAAGAUUUACAUCUAAUUGGUGUGACUUGCAUGUUUAUUGCCAGUAAAUUUGAAGAAAUUUAUCCUGUAAAAUUAUAAAUAGUGCAUGAAAAGAUAGCACACAAAAAAUUAUCUAAAGAUGAAAUUAGAGAAAAGGAAUGUUAAAUAGCAUAAGCAUUAGAUUUUAAAUUUGUUGGAACAACACUUUCAGAAAUUAUUUCAAUGACGUUAUAACUAAUCAACUAGUAUUAAAAAAUGCAUUAACUUGUUAUCUACUUAGCUAAAAUAGUUUUAUACGAUUAUGAACUAAUUAGUUAAUAUAAUUAUUCAUCAUUAUCAGCAGCAUGUAUAAUAAUUGGAUGCAAUCUAUUAUGUCAAGAAUCUACUGAUGAUAUUGUAAUUAUCUAUUACUAUUAUUUAUUAGAUUUCUUAAACUCUAUAAGUACUUAAUGUUGAUAAGGAUGAAACUAUAGAAUUAUCAAAUAAAGUAUUAAAUUUAGCCAAGAAUUUUGAUAAACUAUUUCCUAAUCUAGAAAACUUAAAGAAGUUCAAUAAAAAUUAAACCUUAGACAUAAUCAAAUUAUAAAAAUGA